GAGUGAGUGUAAUAAAACACUAGGAAAUGUAGAUGUUUAAUAAAGUAUUGUAUACAUUUGAAGGUCUGUAACUAAUCACUUCUUGUGCUGACUUCUUCUUUUAUUUGCCAAUUUAAUUUUAGCAUUUUUUUCUUAUUCAGGUUUAACACAGAUCUUUAUUUUUAAAUUGAUUUUUUUUCCCAUACUAGCAAAUCCUAUCCAGAAGCUUUGUGUUAGCUUACAUCGCUGUAACUUCUCUCCACCCAAAGUUUCUCCACCCACAAAGUUUUCAUUGGUUCUCUCCUCUGAUUCAGAUUUAGAAAUACGUCUCUUCUCAGCUCACUGGGCUCUUUGGCAGCUGACUUGCAAUUCCAGAAGCUUCAUUUUAAACCUUAUUCAGUUGCAGGUUGAAAGACAGGCAGGAUGCUGUUUGGCUUUUUUCUUUUGACUUCAGGCCUUUUCCUGGACAUGCGAGUGUGCUCUGCAGUACAACCAGAGCUGAAGAUUACAACUAUUAAGCAAGAGCCAUACACAAUGUCCAAAGGCAACCAGCUGGAAGGCUUUUGCAUGGACCUGCUGUCGGAAGUUGCCAAAAAAGUGGGCUUAAAGUACAAAGUGCAGCUGGUGAAAGAUAAUUCGUACGGCAGACAGGAAGAGAAUGGCAACUGGAACGGCAUGAUUGGAGAGGUGUUGAGAGGGGAGGCUGACCUCGCUAUAGCUCCACUGACUCUCACUGCGGCCCGGGAGCGAGUAGUGGGGAUGACCAAGCCCUUCAUGCAGACAGGGAUCAGCAUUCUGCUGAGGAAGGACAUCUCAGAGGGAGCGAGCUUCUUCGACUUCUUGACCCCCUUUGCCCCGGAAACCUGGAUUGGCAUCCUCAUCGCCUACGUCGGAACAGCUGCCUGCAUCUUUAUUGUUGCCAGACUCAGUCCGAGUGAGUGGAGUCAGCCUCAGUGUGAGCAGAGUGGAUGCAGUUUCCUCCACAGCCUGUGGUAUGCAGUUGGAGCUCUGACUCUGCAAGGAGCAGGGCCUCAUCCCAAAGCCCUCUCAGGACGUGUCAUCUGCAGCAGCUGGUGGUUAUUUUCCAUCAUUCUCUUGGCCUGUUAUUUCUCCAACCUCAUCUCUUCCAAAACCUCAGAGUCCAGUCACCUGACGGUGAACGGGUUCGAGGACUUGGCCAAUCAAAACAGCAUAGAGUACGGCUGCCUUGGCAAAUCUUCCACUCUUGCUUUCUUCAAGAAUUCAAAUAACCCGGUGUACCGCAGGAUCUAUGAACACAUGGAGAGAUCUAACAGUUUCGUGUCCUCUAUGGAGGAGGGCAUCCAGCGAGCAAAAGAGGGUCACUUUGCCUUCAUUGGGGAGUCGGUGUCUCUGGAUUUGGCUGUGGCUCGUCACUGUGAUCUUGUCAGAGUGCAUGAGGUCAUUGGCAUGAGGGGAUACAGCAUCGCCACUGCUCUUGGUUCCCCCUUUAUAAAGAACCUCAGUGUGGCAAUCCUUCAGCUGAGUGAGGCAGGUGAGCUGUCUUACCUGCGAAGCAAGUGGUGGGCCAGCAGCUGCAUUGCAGACAAGGCGAAAUCCCCAGCGGUGCAGCCGCAAAGCCUCAAAGGGUUGUUCCUGAUCCUCGCCGUCGGCCUCGGUUUGGGGACCCUUCUGUCCGUGGUGGAGCUGGCUUUGAAGAGUCGCAGGAGGGCAGCAGAGCAGAAGAAGCCGUGCUGUUCUGUGCUGACCGAGGAGCUGAGUCUACGCUUGAAAAACAGCAAACCGAGAACUCCCCAAGAAAAUGUAGACAAAGAAAAAGCUUAAAGAAAAACUUUUCUACUCUAAAAAGUGUAUUUAGACUUUGAUCCAAUAGAAACACAUUUUAGACUUUUUAACCUAUUGCAUGUUUGCAUUAAAAAAACAUAA